AGUUGGAGAAGAGGUGGAACAAGUAAACAGUUUCCUGUCUAGGGCGGCCAUCACAACGAAGUACAUGUCUAAAGCAGGGCGAACAGACAUGCUGACCCUCCUGGCUUUGGGUUGGAACAAAAGGAAAGUGGAACAACUGGGCCGCACUUUGAGCCAGAGAUAUCUCAAGAUCAUAAGGAUCCUUAGAGAACAAGUGGAGAGCCUGAAUGCGACCAAAAAUGAGCUGGGUGUGGAUGACGACACACUGCAGCAAUGGGUGGCCGAUGUGCAGAAAUGGGCUGAAGAAACUGAUCAAACUGAUGGCAGCCUUGGAGCGUUGCAGGCACGAAUAGAGGAGCUUGUCAUCAUCAUCAGAGUGCGAACACAAAGUCUUUACAGACAAAAUGAUAGCAACAAGAGGCGACACAGAAUUCGCAAGGUCAUCUUAGAUGAGAAGAAACGCUUGGCGGCUGCUGUUGACGACUACAACAAGCUUGCUGAACCAACAAAGCAAAUCGUAUCCAGUGAUGCCCUCAUCCAGACCGACAUUUGGCCCUGGCAGAGCACAAGUGAACCUGCUGCAGACCUCCAGACAAAGAGAAAGGUCUUUGAGAAGGUGAUGGCUGUGAGGCGCCUGAGAGAGGAGGAGAUGAUCCUUUGCAGGGAGAUGCGGCAUCACUGGACAGUGUUGCGAAUGCGAUCUGUGGUGUUGGGGACAAUCUCCUCAGACUCCUCCCUUGUUGGCAUGUCGGAGGAUGCACAGAAGGGACUCCAUAGCCUGGUUUUAAAAAAACAAAGUGAACUGAAAGCUGAAAUGCUAAAAGUAAAGGACACGUACAAGAGAAUCCUCAGCCACCAACCACUCCUGGAAAUGGACUCGGAGGAGGAGGACAUUCCAGAUGAUGCCACUGAGAGUGAUUUGAGCACUUCUGAUGAAGACUGA